AAAUUGAAAUUCCAGUCAAUGCCGGAAGUGGACGCAUCCGAAGGAUGUGGUUGCAAAAUUGCAAUUGCAUCGCCUGCGAGGGGCCGAGCGAUGACGGAUCUGGUCGGGAUGGCUGACGGUCUCAAGAACCCAACAAGAGAUGCUCAAGACAAUCCGGAAUAUUCUUAUGGGAGAUUGCCAUAUUAGUUAUGGAAUGUUAGUGGGUAUGGAUCAUGUACUGAUGCAGCAAUCACUGGCAUAAAUGCCUCCUCUAUUGAUGUAACUCCAGGUGAUUCCUUAUGUAACUUGCCUUAAUUAGUUCACAAGUGUUGUAUAGGAGUUCUUCUGAUGGUCUAAGGUUCUGAGUUGCUGUUGACUAUACAUGCUUUCUAGAAAACAGUUUAAACAUGUAAAAGAUUUCAUUUUGCAUUUCUUCGUACUUGUUUCUGGUUCAUUUCUUGUAAUGCUGCUUGCUCUUUGUCAACUACUGAAUAAUGGAAACUUUUUGAAGUUAUUCUGUUAUUUGAAUCCAGCUUGCUUUUAUUGUUGGGCAGUUAAUGUUCACUGUCACUAUUGGAGAUGAUGUAGCAAUCUCAGCAUUCAGCCUUCUAGGUCAGUUUGCAAAAUGAUUUGUAGCUCAUUUCAUAAUAGAUUGUGACAAAUAUUGAUUCUUUUGUGGAUCUUCCAUUCUCAUUUAGUCAUUUUCUAUUAUGGUGGUGUCUCAUGCACUACCAUCUUUGUCAGCAAAGAACUCAUUAACUAAAUUUAGUCUCAUCUUGUUAGAUUUUCAGAAGAUUAGGUGCAGGUCCUUACUGGGAGUCAUUUUGUCAAAACUUAUAUAUGCAACGUUUUUUCCUAUUGCUUCUUCUAAAAUGACAUGGUGGAGUGAACCAACUACUAACUGAAAUUUGAAAGUUAGGAUAAAUGCUUCAACCAAUUUGCUUAAGGUUAAUUUUGUUUAAUUUAUCCAUUUGGUUUCUUUCCUGAUUUGUCCUAGUAUGAUGUUAAGCGAAUCAUGCUUUAAUGGCUGUGAUUUUCAAGCUCACUUCUGCAUCUAUGUACUUCUGCAAAUAUUUUCUUUUAAGUAAAAUUUUCUGAUAACCUAGUCAUGAUUUGAAAUUGGAAGGCAAUUCAUCUAUCAAGAAUAACUGUUCCAUUAAGAAAAUUUAGACAAUGUC